UGUUACUUACAGCAGGUGGAGAUUAGAUUUACUUUGAUUCAAUCCUUUUUAGUUCAACUUUUUGUUGUGCUCGGAUCGCAAUUUAAUAAAACAAAAUUAAAAAUUUAGAAUUAAUUAAUUGUUAUUUUCAGUUAAUCAAUAAGAUAAUAAAAUAAUAAUUUUAUUGAAAUAAUAACAAUAAUAAUAAUAAUCUUUAUUAUCCAUAUGGAAAUUUGUCUUACAAUUUGUGCAUUAUACCAAACAAAACGAAUUAUAGGCCAAUACAAAUAAUAGAAAAAAAAGGAAAAAAAUAGCACUGAAAAUGAUUUCGUCAGCUGAAGUGACAAUCUGUCAUUCGCACUCUUCACAAUUCUGAAUUCUCUGGGAUAUUAUUUUUUUUUUAUCAUAUUAUAGAUAAGAAGUCUUGUGUCUUUGACAACGUUCAAUUAGAACUUCUAGAACAGUGAGAUGUCUGUAAUGCUUAUAGCGUGGAUGUCCCUGAGUUGUGUGAAGGACUGUUCUGACAUAAAAGUGUAAUAUAAAUCUAGGAAUAUACUUAGUCAAGUGAAAGUUAUGAAGGGUACAAAGGAAGCCAGCAGACCCCACUGGGUGGACACUGUGGACAGAGAGAUGACCCACAGCUCAAAGACCAGUGACUGGAACCAAGGAUUUGACGAUGAUUUAAAAAUAUUGGCAAAUGGAAAGAAAAAAAGAAAUGACAGACAGAACAUCCUGACCAGACGACUGCACAAGAAAUCCAAACCUGAGCAGGCGGAGAGCACUAACAACUACAGAGCCAUGCUGUACAGGGGACACUAUUCGGACACGUCAAGUCUGGCCAGCAGACUGACCUCUUCCUCGUCUGAAAGAAGGUCGCGCAAGAGGUCAAGGAAAAUCGCUCUCUUUCUUCUCUUGCUGCUUCUGGCCUUUGUUAUUGCCGCUCUCUUCGGGUGGCUGGUUUACUAUUUACUGUCUAAAGCCCCAAGUGGCGACAAAGUCCUGGCAGCAGACGUCUCCCUGAGGAUUCUCAAUGAAACACACACUGCCAGUUUGGCUAAUAAGACCUCAAAAGAAUUCCUUCAGAUGGAAAAAACUUUAUGUCGUGAGAUGGACCAUUUCUUUACAGCCAGCACGCUAAGAAAAUCUUACAGUGGAUGUGAGAUCAAUGCAAUCAGCAAUGUGGGAAAAGAACCAGGAUGUCAAUGUGUUUGGUCAAACGACGGUACGCUCCUGGUCAACCUUAAGCUUCGUUUUAAUGACAGCCAUCAGGAGGAGAAACUGGCUCUGUCAGUGUAUAACACCAUUGACGUUGGGGCCACCAAACAUUACAUAGACUCUCUCACCUAUGUGGUCAUCAAGGACUUUCUGGUGGACAUCAGAGUUAACGGGAAGUACGCUUAUGAUGGCAUUGACGUGGAAAUGAGAUUGCCUGUGUUUAACUUGAACUACUCCAAGCAACUAGAAGAUACCAGUUCAAAGCAGUUUCAAACUUUGGCCGAUCCAUUUUGUUUAGACGUAAUGAAAAUCUUGAGUGACAUCACGCUCAGUCCAUUUUAUAACAGAGUCUAUAAAUGCUCUGUCCUGGGAUUCAGUACUCACCCUGACCGCGUCAACUUCAACAUUCACUUCACUGGCAAGGACUGGAGACACGUUCAGAAAGCUUUACCUUAUUAUUUAAUAUCGUCUGCUAGAAAUGUGACAUACCAUGGACAGCCUGUCAAGAUGAUUGGUGACCUGAUUAUCACCCCGUACAACAUCUACGUUGUCUUGAAGCCCUCUAAUGUAACACAGCCAACAACAGCAGCCACGACAACAGCAGCAACAUCCUCUUCAACAUCAACAAGAAAAACUACGGAAUUACCUGACCUCAUCUACAUCUACACCACUUUUGAAACCUUCAACUUGACCUUGACCCCAGGACUACGUGACCCACAGUCGGCUGAGUUCGUGAAGAUGACGUCAGAGUUUUGUAAAGAUCUGGAGAGACUGUACACUAGAAGUGUUUACGUUCACCGUUACCAUAACUGCAGAGUUCAUACCUUCAGGGGCGAACCUCCGUCGAUAGUUCUUAGCGUUGGUUACGUGGGCGGAGACUGGCCAGAUAUGGACAAGAGCGUUCAAUGGAUCAUCAGGAAACACGCGCCAAGCUACUACUUUGACCUCAAGGAAGUUUACCUCGUAGGUUCUAUCUACCUGGUCCUCGGGAACGUUUCAGCCAAUGGUCUAGAACUGAGAACAAAUGUGCGAGUCGUGAAUCUGACAUACAGCCAGGAUCUAGGGCACCAGAUGACGUCAGCAUUUCAAUAUCACAGCCAUCUGUUCUGUCAAGAUAUGAAGCGCUUCUAUGCUCAGAGUGCCUACAGUGACAGGUUCUAUGAUUGUGGUGUGGACUCCUUCACUGACAAGCCAGUGCUAAUUCACUUCUAUCUCGUGUUUCACGGCACAUCUUCGGCCGGACUGACCGAGUCUGUCAUUGACGUCAUCCGAAGGUUUGGCAGGCCUGUCUACUAUUUAAUGUACUUGACCUACUUAGUGGGUGACCUGCUGGUCUUGCCCGAGGACAUACCGCUUCUGCCGUCUGUCUACCCGACCAACAUAACUGUCUUUCCGACCAGCACUCUUAUGACGAUGACCAGUAGCCCGAGUGAGAUCCGUCCAACUAUGUCAUCGUCAGAAGUGACCAAUGACUACGGCGUAAUGCUGAUCCUGUAUUAUGAGCUCUAUAAUCUGACCUACACGGACGACUAUAAGAACCCAAUGUCAAGGAUAUUUAAGGAACACAAGGACGCAGUUUGUGAUGAUCUGUGGAGAUGGUACAUGGCGCUGGAUAGUCCGUUCCUAAACAUCUACAGAGCCUGUGACGUCACUUCCUUUCACCCUAAACCUAUAGGCGUGACCUUCACCUUGCUGUUUGACACCAAGCUCCACGAAGACUUCUCCAGAAAGGUCAGAACUUUCCUGGAAUACAAAGCUCCCAAAGUCUAUGUGCCUAACCACAACUUACUGGAUGUUGGAUAUCUGCUUCUUAUAAUGGACAGAUAUCGCAUUGACGUCACAUCCACUAUCGUCCCCUCCAAGACCCUCACAACUCCGACUCCCACCUCAAAUACUGUGGUGAUGACGUCAUUCUCCAUGACGUCUACACCAGUCGUGACGUCGUCGUCGCCAAGUGUUCUGGCCACAUCAACGUCGACAGAGGAAUACCCAGGUUCUGUCUUGUCCUAUGAGUUUGGUCUUGUGGAUUUCAUUUUUACCAACGAUCUCUACAACAAAAAUUCACCCAGAUUCAAAUUUCUAGAGGAGCGGUUUUGUGCAGACAUGGACAGAUACUAUGCUGAAAGUUCUCUAAGGAACAUGUACAUGUCAUGUGCCAUUGAAGCAUUUACACAAAGAACCAACGAGCUCUACCCAGAGAAAGUUUAUUUCAAAUUUGCUUUCAAUACUCCAAUGUUUUUAGAGAUACAAAACAAAGCAGUUGGUGUACUGUUUGAGAAACCUCCCAGGGUCGCUAAAUCUGGCUACAUGACACUAAACGUGGGAGACUUAUAUUUGAUCAUUGAUGCUUAUACAAGUACCUGGGGAUCGAGCACAUUAGCGACAGAUUUCAGCACAUUGGUCGUUAGCAGUACAACAAAUGUCAUUACUCCAACAUCAUCUAGCAGUGUGGUGCUGCCAACAGAUACUUCACCAUCGACAACGCCAACUACAACCACCAGAACAACCACUUCAACUACAACUUCAAAGCCAACCACAACAACAACGACCCCAACCACAACUCCAACAACUACAACCACGGCCCCAACCACAACAACUACAAUGUCAACCACCACUACCCCAAAGCCAUCCACGUCACCAACCACUACCCCAACUACUACAACCACGAGCUCAACUACUACAACCACGACACCAACCACGACAACUACAAAGUCAACCACCACUACUACAAAGCCAACCACAACUACAACGACUACAACCACAAAGCCAACCACAACAACAACGACCCCAACCACCACCCCAACAACUACAACCACGACCCCAACUACUACAACCACGACCCCAACCACGACAACUACAAAGUCGACCACCACUACCACAAAGCCAACCACAACUACAACGACUACAACCAGAAAGCCAACCACUACAACCACAAUGCCAUCCACAACAACCAGUACCACCACCAAAAAGCCAACCACCAGACCCACAAAGCCAACGACUACCACAAAGCCAACCACUACAACAUCCACCACAACAACAACUGAAGCUACAUUCUACAUCAAGAUUUCAUUCGUGACACUCAACCUAACGCUCACCAAAGACCUAGCCAAUCGGAGCUCAGAGUUUUUUAAGGACACGCAAGAAAAGUUUUGCGCCAGUGUUGAGAAAAUUAUAAAUAAUAAAAAAGCUUUAUUUGAAAAUUACAAAAGCUGCCAGAUUGAUACAUUCGGAGGUGACCCACUGCGAGUGAACUUCAGUCUGCUGUUCGGUGAAAGUGUGGACCGCGAGAAGACAACAGACAACCUCAUCAUGCAGAUCAAAGAGAACGCUGAGAGGAAGGAAUACAAGGGCACCAUCGCCCCAGUCCUGGGCAACAUUCUCAUCGUCAUGGACUCCAUCAGCGUCAUCUUCUCCACACUGCCCCCAACAAAAAGUUUAUAUGACGCCAUCAGCUACAAUUAUACCUUCUACCUGUAUCCUGGGAAUUACAGCGACAAGCUGCUGGAUAAGAACUCUUUAGACUUUAAAAAGACAGCUUACAAAUUUUGUAAAGACAUUGAGAACAUCACUAACAGCGCUGGACUUCGAGCUAUCAACAGGAGAUACAUGGGCUGCGUGGUGGAUGAAUUUACACCCAACAGAGAAGUCAAGUUUCGGGUGGCCCUGAGAGACACCGAAGUUUUGCGGCCCUCCAGCAUGUUCGGAAUGUUCUCUUUCAUGAGAGACAAAGUCAAUCUGGACGGCGUCUACCAUCUGCCCGUGGGUGGACUCUACGUCACGGUGGACACAGAGCCAAAGUACUCACUGUUUAAGAUGGACACUUUUAGCACGCACUCGUACUUUGACAUCACCACAACAGCCCCAGUUGUCUACACAGUGUUAACUGUUUCUCUUCAAAUGCUGAGACCCCAAUGGUCAGCAGAACUUACCAACUCUAGCAGCGAGAUGUAUAAACGGCUAGCAGGCCUUUUUUGUGAGAGAAUAUUAGCGUGGAUCUCAAACUGGUACAAAGAUACGAACACAAAGUGUGGCAAUGUUAAAUUCAGUCAAGAUCCCUACAUAGUAACAGCAGAUCUGACCUUCCCAGGAGAACAUCCGAAAUCUUUUGAAGAACAGAUCUUCACGGUCAUGAUGGAAAAGGCUGAUAGGACUUACAGUGACCGGGACAACAUGUAUGUCCUGAAAAUUACUGAGGACUUCCUGACCUACGACCGUUCUCUGGUCAUGACUCAGAAACUUGUGCCCAGGGAGGAGUCCACUAGCCAGUCUACUACGGCCGUGAUAACAACCAGCACGACAUCAAGACCAACCACAACACAAGUUAUUGACCCAUGCAAAUUUGCAUACGACUUUGACUACGUCAGACAUCCCUACCUGUGUGACAGGUAUUACCAAUGCAUCGGGGAAAAGGGUUUCCUAAUCAACUGCGGACCAGGCAAAAUAUUUCAAGGGACAACCUGCGUCCCCAUGCCACCAGACUUCGUCUGUUCGCAGCAGUGAUCGGUCAAGGUCAUGUGUGAUAAAAUGUAUGUCUGUAUGGCUUCAAGUGAAUGACAAUGUAAAGUGAUAUGUUUUUGUUUAUAUACUUUUCUGACAGAGAAAUAUUGUUUUCUUUCAUGGCAUGUUUGAUUCCUGUAUAUAUGAAUCCUCCUUCGUGGUCGAAGAUGAGCACAUUUUUCAUUUCCUAUGAACUGGACGAUGGCUAUAGAGUCCAAUCCACCCUUUAAAAAGCCGGACACACUCAUGGUGUUGGUAGGUGGGGCUGCUACAGAUAAGCUUGCUUUUUCUCUGUCUUUUGUUAGCUCUGCGUUCUUUCAUUCUGGCCGCUCUCCUUGCCUCGUAUCUUGAGACUCUGACACUCACGGCAUUACGCCACGAGGAGUCAGUGCUUUCUAGCCAAGAAUGUCAAUAUCACACUCCUUGAGUGAGUUCUUGUAACGCUUGUGUUGACCCCGUGAGAUCGCUUUGUUGCUCACAGCUCCCGUAGGGAAUCGUUUGGGAAGAAGUCAGAAGCAAAUGUCUUAGCAUCAUCCUGUUUGAAAUGAGAGACAGCAAUUAGUGGUACAUUCUUCAUCCACGCUGUUCAGGUCUACCUACGUGACCUCUCCAUCCACUACUUUAGCGCUCCGUUAUCUUCAAAUGUACCACUACAUUCCUGUAGUCUAGCAGCUGAAACAUCAUUGACGGAGCCCCAUGCUCUGGAACUUCUUGCUGAGGCAUUAUCUUGUAGCACUACCCUGGAAGAACCGCUUUUUUUUUUAUAUUUUCCCCAUCUACAUAUAUGGAGAGACCUCCUUUCGUACCUGCCCCUUCUCUCUUGUGGUCUCUGUAGAUAAAUGUGUUGGAUAUUGUCUGUGUUUGAAGAUCUCUUCUUAGUCCCCAGCUUAGCAUGCUGCACUUGGGAACUGACGCGUUCAACGCUAGGGUAGAAUGACAUUGUCCUUACUUUCUCACAAAACAUCUAACCUGUCUGAGGACCUGAGAUGUCUACGUACUUACCGUACUUCCGCCUCAAAUCAUUGCAAGCACACCUACGGAUGAUUGGUUACCUUAAAAAGUGUAAUAACAUCCAUCAUCCCAGACUGAACAGUUGAAUGAACUUGACCUUCUCUUUUUAAUGAAUUUAUUUAAAUUUAAGUAUGAAAAUUUCCAAGUGCAUGAAUAAUGAUUUUGUUCUAAAAUUUUAUGUGAUGUAAUCAUCUCGUUGCUUUCUUAAAUUAUCGAAAUUCUAGAAUUUCAUGACAUCCAAAAAUAUAUAAAUAAAUAAAUAUCUGAAAGCUAGUCUUCGGAUUAUCUCUUUGACUCUGGACAAUUAGUCAGUGGACUAGAAUUUAUUAAACUAGUCAUUAGACGUGUGUGUCAGCAAGUUGUGUCCUGACACCUUUUAUGUAGCAUAACGGACACAUCAGAAUACAAUUUUAGUAUUGAAAUAUAAAUGUCAGGUCAUAUCCGAAUUGUUUGUAAUGUCAUAUGUCAACUUGAUUCACAUAAGAUGUAAAUAUAAUUUUACAGAUUAAAAUUUUAUU